AAGAAGUGCUGUUUCAUACUGGUUCGUCCCGAGCAGAAAGCAAUGUAGGUUUCACUGUAGAGAACCUACCUGGGUGAAAAAGGAAAGAUAACACACAACCUCCUGAAUGGAACAUGGUUAAUGGAUACGUUUUAUUUAUUUAUUUAUUUAUUUAUUGUGAGUUUUUGUUUGUUUCACUGAUGAACGGAUCCAUACUCCAGUCCGGUAGGUGGCGGUAAUAUGCCUACAAGUUGGAUUUCACGCGCAAAUCAAUCCAAAAGAAGAAGAAUAAAAACCGGCCGCACUUGACGGUUGUGUCGUGUCGUCGUGUCCCAUAUCAAUGUCUGAACUGUUGAAGUAACAAUGUCUUCAUCUGAGAGUUUGAGAGAGUUGAUCCUCGAGCGACUAACUGCUGCUGCUGAAGAAAUAUUCGGACUCUUUGAAAGAACUGUCGUCCAGUACGAGGAAGAGAUCGAUCGUCAGCGCAGACUGCUGGAUAUCACCUGGAAACCUGAGAUAAAGUUACACAGAAUAGAAGUCCCACAGGAAUAUAUCUGCACAAAGGAGGAAGUUCUUACUGAGCAGCAGCUCUGUAACCAGGAGAGGAACUCCAGUCUGGACCAGGAGGAACCAGAACCUCCACAGAUUAAAGAGGAACAAGAGGAACUAGAACCUCCACAGAUUAAAGAGGAACAGGAUGACCUCUCCAGCAUUCAGCAGGAAGAGCAUCUGGUUUUGAAUCAGAAAACUGAUUCCUUGAUGGAGACUCCUACUGACAUGGAAAGUGAGCACAGUGACCCAGAACCAAACAGUGACCAGCUUCUCCCUCACAACUCUCCAGAAGCUCAGAGAACAAAUAAGGAAGGAAGCAACCAUGUAGACUCAGGAUCAACUAGAAAUGCAGAGCUGAAUCCAAAGAAGAGACAUCGCAGAGACACAAGCCACAGUAACAAUGUAGACAUCUCUCCUGUGUCAGAAAGUCUGUGUGAUACUGACACUGCAAAAAAGCAUAUAACAUGUGACGUCUGUGGAAAAGCCUUUAAGAACAUGUCUGUAAUGAAGAGACAUAAUAGACUUCACACAGUUGAGACACCUCAUCAUUGCCACACAUAUGGUGAACGUUUCACGCAGAGUAGUAGUUUGCUUUUACAUACCACAACUCACACAGGCGAAAAGCUGUACAGUUGUACAGUUACCACAUGUGGUAAAAACUUCACUUCAAGUACUACUUUAACAAAGCACAUGAAGACUCACACAGGCGGGAAGCCACAUGGUUGUGACAAGUGUGCUAAAACCUUCAAUCAAAGAAGUAAUUUAACAAAACACAUGAGGACUCACACAGGAGAGAAGCCGUACGUUUGUGACACAUGUAGUAAAGCCUUCACUCACAAUUUUAAUUUAAGGAUGCACAUGAGGACUCACACAGGAGAGAAGCCAUACGGUUGCGACACAUGUGGUAAAACCUUUGCUCAUAGUUUUAAUUUAAGGAUGCACAUGAGGACUCACACAGGUGAGAAGCCGUACACUUGUAACACAUGUGGUAAAACCUUCACCCAAAGUGUUAAUUUAAUGAAGCACAUGAGGACUCACACAGGUGAGAAGCCAUACGGUUGUGACACAUGUGGUAAAACCUUCACUCAAAGUUUUAAUUUAACAAUGCACAUGAGGACUCACACAGGUGAGAAGCCGUAUUCUUGCAAGACAUGUGGGAAACAUUUCAGUCAAACUAGUCAUUUAAAGACACAUGUGAAGACUCACACAGGUGAAAAUUUGUCAUCCUGUCAUUUGAUGGAAUUAUUUUCUAAGAAAAAUUGAAAUAAAAUAUACCUGGACAUUAAACAAAAGAAGACAUCUCCCUUUACCUGGGAUGAUCUUCAAACUGACACUUGAAUUUACGACAGGAUUUGAAGAGGAACACUUAAGACUACCUUAUUUGUUGACCUAAAGGGUGAGCAGGAGCCACAGAAUAAGGAGAAAAUGAGACAACCACAAUUAUUUUACUGCAUGUCAAUGAAUAUGAAUAUGAAAUCUGGUUUUGACCAGUGUCAGACUGCACAUUCAACAUGAGGCUGGUAAACUGUGCAGUUGAUUUGUGUGAAUUUCUCACAAGCAAAGACCAACUUUUACAGUAAGGACAUGAUUAGUAGUGAAAACACUGCUUCCUGUCAAACGGAGUCUACCAUUUGAUGUUUCUACAUGUUUCUGAUGUCAUCAGAUGUUUCUACUUUCCAACUUUCGAGGUGACAAAGACCAAGAGGAAUUAUUCCAAAAGUUGAUUUUAUAGUUCUGUGUGAACCCACAGACAAGUAUAUCAGAAAUAGAAUAUAACAGGGACUUUUCAGCACAUUGCUGCCACGCUAAGGGACAAAAAAAGAAAUCCAUGUCAGUGAAAGUGAGUUAUCACAUAACAUGAAAACUGGCCCAUUUUUCUUUUUCUGUUGUGGCAGCGAUGGUCUUCUGUGUACGUCUUUGACAAUGAGCUCGAAAUAUUUUUAUUCAGUUGUGAAAAACAAUGAAAUACGUCUGUUUCACUAUUAUCAGUUCCAGCAAUUUCAUUGUUGAUGGUAUUUAAAGCAUUAAAACGUAUCCAUUGCCAGGUGGAUUGAGUUCAUCUUAAAUCUUAAAGCACUAAGCUUUAAUGUGUGUCACUGAUUCACACUUCAUAGUCUGCAAAUGAGCUUGCCGGGAAGUUUCCAGCAGUUCUAGCACCUUGUUUUGUUACUCAUCCAUGAGUAAACUGGACCAGGAGGAAAUUGAUGUGAGUGAUAGUUUUAUGUUCUGAUUCUAGUCUUGGUCACUGGUGUUCUUCAGGAGUUGCAGAGGAUGUUGUAAGUUUAAAGACAAUUUGAGCAGCUGUCUUUGUUUCGUUAACAGUUGACUGCUGAGCAAAAAGGUUAUAUUCAAAGUAAUAAUUUAACGAAGCACAUGAGGACUCACACAGUUGAGAGGUUGUCAUGCUGACAACUGAUUGCAUUAUUUUCUGAGAUAAGAUGAAAUAAAGUUUAAUUUCAGACACGACCUCCUGUAUAAAUAAGCCACUUAUUUAUUAUUAAACAUUAAACCUGGGGCCAUAUUCCUAAAGAUUGUAAGCAUCAAGAGUUGCUCCUUGUGGCCGAAUUCUAAAAAAAAAGAUCCAUGACGCUUUCUAAGAAUUUCUAAUAAUUCCCCUCAAAGUUGAGAGUAGAUCCUGGUAAAGAGAAAAUGUAUUCCUAAAGAAUCUGCUAAGAGCAGGGAGGAGGACCUAUAUAAUGAAGACAUUACAACACAUCACUGCCACGCCAGUGGUAUAAUGUGAAAACUGAUCCAUUUUUGCCAGCCAAUGCGCUUCUGUAUUUCUGUUUACUAUGGGGUUGAAGUAUUUGUAUUUUGUUGUAAUAAAGUGAUUAAAUACA